AUGCUCUUCGUCGUUAUAACGCAACAGCCACCGCGUGCUUUCACAGCUCUGGUGCAAGAGAGCAUGGCUCAUGCAGAGCGAAUUAUAAAAUCAGUCAUGCUACCCAUUGGUUCCCCAGCCGGCGGUGCAUCCGCUCCUGCCCCUGCGCCAACAGUCUCCGUCGUUGCUGGAGCCAGCACGAACCCCUUCGAUACGCCAGCUACAAACGAAACCCCUCUUCCACCCACAUCCACCGGCUUUGUGAUGGGUCCAAUCACUAGCCAGGCUGCAGACACCUUUGUCAAGAGCUUUCUGCAACUUAUUCCCACUGCUGAUCGACAGGUUCUUGAGAAAGUCAUGGACAUGAAGGGCAUCAAACGAAGCGAUCAGUACAUCAUCAUUGACGAGUUUCAGAAAAAUGCCCAAGGGGAUCGCCAGCAGCAAUCCGUUAACUCGAAGUCUGUGAGCAUGCACCAUUCCAUAUCCGCUGGCAACGUUAAAAACAUGCGGGGCAAGAAGUGA